AUGCACUGCAUUUGGAAAAGUUUCGGUUUUUUGGUGUUUCUGAUCAUCGUCGCUUUUGGCCGAACGUCGGCGAGUGGAAAAUAUUCCAGAUUUAGACUUGCCGACGUACAACGAAAUUCAGCCAGCAAUGUGCCGUGUACCUGUGCCAUCUUCCUUACCGGUCAGUUCAAUCGGUUCAACCGUACGGAACAACCGAAGGGCAAUCCAGGAAUUCAGCUGGAGCUGAUGCAACACUUCCCCUGUACGACAUCCGGCAACAAGCAGUGCGCGAACAAAUGUUUGGACUCGAUCGUGAAGCAUCUACCCAACUCCCAGAACGUAAUCUGUGCCACAAUCGAUCGGGACUGUUUCCGUGAGCGUGCCUAUUUGUUUUAUCAAAACUGUGCACCCCGAUGGGUGAACAGCAACCUAUCUGCCGGGAAGGAAUUCUGCUGCCAGAACGACAAACCAAUGCGAUGCAGCCUGAUGGCGGAACUUAUACGGCAAUCGUUGCGCGAAAACAACACCAACACUACCAGCACCAGUUCCGACGAACAGAGCGUAUCAAACCGGUGA